UAAUAUUGUUGAAAAAUCCGAGUGUUUGGGCCUACCAUGAAAAACUGGUCCAAAAGCACGCAGAUAAAUAUGGUAAUACAAAAUCAGAUAUUGAUCUUGAGCUACAACUGUAUUUACAUAGUCAUACCAUACCCCUGAACUCGAAUCCCUUUUUGUACUGGAAUAGCUUCAGUUCUUCCUCGGAGACAACAGUUCGCUCAGAGAGAUCC